UAAAAAUAAUUAUUAUGGGCAGAAAGACAAAAACGGAUGGACUAAAAAAAAUAAGAGAACCAAAAAGUCCUUGUCAUGAUGAAUUAGACAAGAAGCGAGAAAAAUAUCAAAAAUGGCAGAAGCAAUUAAAUCUCAUGAAUGCUAAUUCUUUUGCAUUGGCUCAAUGGAUAAAAUUAUAUAUUAUGGUAAAUCAAAGAGCAAAAGCAACUUUAAGUAUUACUGUUAACCCUCAUUUGUAUCAACGGCUGAAAGAAGAAAUUGGUA